UCUCUCUCAACGUAUCUCCCUCUCUUCUUGCUCUCUCUCUCUUCCUCAGCUCACAUAUUUGACGUUUAUCUUUCUCUCUCUCUCUCUUCCUCUUUCUCUUUCGACAGCCACCUUUCCAUACGAUUUCUCUCUUCCUCUCUCUCUAUCAUAUUUCCCUUCUAUCCAUCUCUCUUACCCUCUUUUCCUCAACUGUUUUGAAAGGCAGGGUUUUUGAGACAGUAACUGUUAAUCACCUGUUCUGUUCAAUUCUUGAGCUGCUGCAAAGACGAGAUGGCUGCCAGGUGGGAUCAAAUUUUGACAAUGCCAGUACAACAGCCAUCAACCAUUGAAUUUUCUUCAGCUGAUCUCACAUGGUCUAAGGUGGAGGGCUGGCGUCAAGUGAUGGACAAAGUUGCUCUCAUCCCUUUCUCCAGAGUUGAUGACUUUGUCAGAGGUGAAUCCGCCAACCCUGAGUGUCCUACCCGAUUUCAUGUGGAGGCAAGGAGAAGAAAGCCCAAAGGAAUGGGCUACAAACCUAGAGUGGAUGGAUAUAUUGAAUAUAUACUGUACUGGUGUUCCUUUGGGCCAGAUGAUCACAGAGUUGGAGGAAUUUCUCGGCCAAGUCGAAGCUUCAAACCCCCAAAGAAGUCACCUGCUGGUCGUCCUGGUCAAAAGAGAGGAUGCACCUGCCAUUUCAUUGUCAAGCGACUAAUGGCCGAACCAUCUGUUGCCCUUAUCAUAUAUAAUCAUAGGGAGCACAUAGAUAAGAGUGGUUUACCAUGCCAUGGUCCACAAGAUGGUCAGGCCCUUGGAACUGGAGCCAUGUUUGCCCCAUAUAUAUCUGACGAGCUUCGACAACAAGUGAUCUCUUUGUUAUAUGUUGGGGUCCCAGUAGAGAGCAUCAUGCAGAGACGCAAUGAAGAGGUGAAGAGGCAGGGGGGCCCACGUAACCGAGAUGACCUUCUCUCUCACCGCUAUGUUCGAAGGACAGAGAGGAGCAUCAGGCGCUCCACUUACAAAAGGGACCCAGAUGAUGGAGUGAGUAUUGAAUUGUGGAUUGAGAGCCACCGAAAUCAUGUCUUCUUUUAUGAGGACUUCUCUGACAAUGACCCAUUUGUUUUGGGUAUCCAAACUGAGUGGCAGUUGCAGCAAAUGAUUCAGUUUGGAAACAGGAGCCUCAUAGCUUGUGAUUCGAGGCUCGGAACAAGGAAAUUGACGUAUCCUGUUUGUACUCUCCUCGUCUUCGAUUCAAAGAGAAAUGCAAUCCCCGUUGCCUGGAUUCUAUCACCUUGGUUUGCAAAGGAUAUUGCGCAUAAAUGGAUGAAAGCUCUUUAUGACAGAGUCCGCCAAAAAGAUCAUACUUGGCAACUGGCAGGUUUUGUAAUAGAUGAUCCUGGAACUGAUGUACUUACUAUCAGGGAAGUGUUUCGGUGCUCCAUCCUAAUAUGCUUUUGGCGUGUACGUCAUGCAUGGCAUAAAAAUGUUAUAAAGAAGUGCUCAGCCACUAACAUGUGUGUUGAGAUGUUCAGAAGGCUUGGACAGGCAGUAUGUGGUAUCUGUAGAGGAAACGGGGAUGUGGAUUCCUUUGAGGAGUUUAUGGUGGACUUUGUUGACAACCCUGAUUUUUUGGAAUAUUUCAAGGCAACUUGGAUUCCUAGAUUAGGCAUUUGGGUUUCGGCAUUGAAGAGUUUUCCUUUUGCAAGCCUAGAAACCUGCGCAUCCAUGGAAUCAUAUCACCAUAAACUCAAGGUCAGGUUGUUGAAUGAGAAAGAGCCGUCAGUUUAUCAUCGUGCUGAUUGGCUCAUUGAUAAGCUGGAAACCAAGGUCCACUCCUAUUUCUGGCUUGACGAGUUCCAAGAAAGGAAUAAGUUCUCUCGAUAUCGAAAAGACGAGUGGGUCGAAAUGGGUAUUACCUCCUGGUCUCGGGCAUCAGAGAUCCCUGAUUCUAAUAUCACUUUGGAAGGAAGGGAUGCAUUGGUAAUGAGCCAGAGUGACCCAGAACAUGUGCACAUUGUGAGGAACCCCGGCUUCGAAUUUGCAAUAUGUGAUUGUGAAUGGUCAGCCUUGGGUUAUCUUUGUAAGCAUGUUAUAAAGGCGAGCUGGGUUUGUAGGAAUCGUGGCUUGGUUGGUCCCUCAAUAAGCCUGUUCCAGUAUAACAGGACACUGGGUCAAACCCUCAAUUGCCCACCCUAUGAUUCUCUUGUUCUUGAUCAUGCUACUUCAAUGGCUAUUGAGGUUCAGGGGCAGUUAAAGAAGGCGGCUGAAUUACUUCAUGGUCGGAGCUCUGAUGAGGCUAGUGUAAUUGCUCAAGGAAAUGGUAACAUGUCCCUUAACGUAGUUUCUGAGGGAGGGGAUGGAGAAGAAUCAAUGGAUGAGGGGCAUUUAAUGAAUCGUACUAAUGGUGAAGCUGCUACUGAUGGAGCAAAUGGUAAUGCGGUUCAUGGGGGUGGUGUUGCAGAGGAGGUUGAGAAUUGUAACAUGUCUGCUAAUGGUGUCUCAGAGGAAGGGGUCAGGGAUCCUAUGGAUGAGGAUCCAUCCAUGGUUGAGAAGGUUUCUUCUACAAAUGAUAGAGAUCAGGUCAAUGGUGAGACUGCUGAUGAUGCAAAUGUUGCAGAGGAGGCGAGCCAUGGAGUAACUGCAAAUGUUGCAGAAGAAUCUAGCCAUGAAGCCAAUGAAAAUUCUAUGGAGGAGGCUGUUUAUGGUUUUGAUGAAGAUGUUGGCCAUGGAGUUGAUGGAGAUGUUGCAAAGGGAGGUGACCAUGGAGUCGAUGCUGAUGUUGGCCAUGGAGUUGAUGGAGAUGUUGCAAAGGGAGGUGACCAUGGAGUCGAUGCUGAUGUUGCAGAGGAAGGUGGAAAUGGUAACACAUCUGUUAAUGGUGUUUUAGAGGGAGGGGAUAGAGAUUUGAUUGUUGAUCGACCAUCUAUGGCUGAGAAGCCUUCUUCUAGCAGCAGUUGGGAGCAUGUUGAUGGGGAGACUAGUAAUGAUCCACCAAAUGACAAUCGGAUUUGUGAAUGUGAUGUUGCAGAGGAAGGUGGUCAUUGGGUUGACACAAAUAUUACAGAGGAAAGUAGAAAUCAGAACACGUCUGCUAAUGUGACUUCAGAGAGAGGGGACAGAGAUUCAAUGGAUUGCAGACCAUUGACGGCUGAGAAGCUUCCGUCUGCAGGUGGUGUGGAGCAUGCUGAGGGUGAGCAUGGGGUUCAUGCUGAUGAUACAGAGAAAGAGAGAAAUUAUCACAUGUAUGUUUCUGGGUCUGAUUUUAAGGUUCAUAAUGAUGUCUUAAGCAGAGAAGGUGAUGAUCAAUUGGGUUUCACUGAGAUUGCUUCUCGGGAUUAUAGUAGUGUUUCAGAGAGAGGUGGCGAUGAUCAUGUGAUGGUUGAUGAAACGAGCGUUGAUGGUGGUUGUGAUAAUGCCAUAAGAGAAUCUGGUAGUCCUCAAAUUGUUGAAGAUCCUGCAUCUGGCAGCAGAGUUAGUGGUGAAGCUGUUGAAGAAGCUGAUGUUGGAGAGAGAAGUGUUAAUGGUGAAAUGAGGGUAUCUGGCUUUGGCUCUAAUGUCUCUCAUGAUGUCUCUGAGAAAGGUUGUAAGGAUAAAAUGGCUGGUGAGCCUACAAUCAGCAAUCCCACUAAUGAAUUGGGUAGGCCCCAAAUUGUUAAAGAUCCAGCAGUUGGUAAUGCAGUUACUGGAGUUGCAGAUGAAGCUGGUCCCAAGGUUUGUAAUGAUGUAUCAAAGGAGGGUCUUAAUGAAGAGAUGGCAAUUGAUGUUAAAACUUUUGAUGGAUGUGAUAACCCUGUAAAAGAAGCGGUUGGCUCCUAAAAUUUCACGAUUUGUAAUGGACGUGGUGCCAUUAAACAAGAACUGGGCAUAUUUCCAUUGAUUUGAAGAGAGAUGUGGAGUCUGGGUGUCGAGAGAGAAACUAGUGUGGAGACCGAAGGAACAAGUUCUAGAGAGAGCAAGUGAUGUGCUCUAAGAGUUUGGCAAUGUAGCAGGUGGAAGUUGGAAACUGGUUCUAAUUUGAUGACGAAACUUGCUGUGGGGGCAUGAAUGGAUGUAGUUAAGUAUCUCAGAUGUGGUUUUGUGAAGGAUUAUUCUCAUGUUGAAGAAAGAAGCAAAUACCCCAUAUAUAUGAAGUCCUGUUCAAUUGGUGGAGACUCAAUUUCCAGUCAUUUAGGUGAAGCCUGGCCAGAAACAUUGCACGGUAGGGGCCAUAGCUUGCUCGGCCCGAGAAAUUAGCUUUUGGCCUAGCCCGGGCCCAGCCCAAAAUUAUAGGUCAGAGCAUAGCCGAGGCCCAAAAGCAAGCUGGACCCUGUAUAAACAUGGAAAAAAAUUUGUUUUUUACAUGUAAUAUAUACACUUUAAAAAAUAUUCAGCCUAAAAGGUCGGGCUGGGCCAAUACUGGCUGGGGUCCAACCUAAAAAUAUUUCAGGACUACCAAGCGGAUUGGGCCUGGCCAUGGCUAACAGGUAGCUCGAUCCCCUCCGAAAAUUGGUUUCAGAGCCGGCCCAAAGGCCCGUGGUCCAGCCUUGGCCCGUUAACAGCCCUAGUUGGGAGUCGAUGAGGUGAAUGCAUUAAUGCCUCUGACCAUGUUGGAAAUUUGUAGCUUAUUGAGUAAGGGGAACAAUAUUUAAAGUAAUGUCAAAAGAUUUUAUACUGACUUGUA